UUUUUUUUGAAGCGGUGAACUCCGCUACCUUUUUUUUUUUUUUUUUUUUCUCAUGAAAUGAAUUGAUUCAGUUCAUUCUUAUUUUUUUUUUUAUUAAACUAAAUAGUAUGCCUUUACCUAUUCUUGAAACGUUAUGUAAUAAAACAAUUGUACUUGCCUCUGCCUCACCUAGAAGACGUGAAAUAUUGACAGAUAUGGGUUUAAAAUUCUCUGUAGUGACAACAUUAAAACCAGAUGAAAAUGAUCCAACAGCAUAUGAAACACGAUCAGAAUAUGUAGCAGAUACAGCAUAUAUGAAAGCAAAAGAAGUCUUUGACAGAUGUCAGGAAGAUCCUCAACUUCCUAAUGCAGAUAUUGUGAUUGGUGCAGAUACGAUUGUAGUAGCAGCAGCAGCAGCAGAAACUGAUAUUGUAUUAGAAAAGCCUAGAGAUAAAGAACAUGCACUUUAUAUGCUUGAUUUAUUAAAUGGGAAAACACAUCAUGUCUUGACAGGCGUUCAACUAUUUUAUAAAUAUAAAAACAAGGUUGAAAGGACUGGAUUUGUUGAAAGGACUGAAGUUACAUUCUCAAAACUUGAUUCAGACAUUAUUAAUUCUUAUAUUGAUUCAGGGGAACCAUUUGAUAAAGCAGGUGGAUACGGUAUUCAAGGUGAAGCAUCAUUAUUUGUUGAAUCUAUACAUGGUGAUUAUUGGAAUGUGGUAAUAGGAUAUUUAGCAGUCAAUAAAUAUACAUCAUAUUCAUGUUAAAAUAAUAUUCAAUUUUUUUUUUUUUUUUUUUU